UCUGUUUUGUGAACGAAAGGCAGAAAAAUGUGCAGGAGGAGAAACGAAACUGAAACAGUGAUGUCCAUGUAUGGAGCUUCCUCUUGAAACUUUUUAUCUGAAGAAAACUGAGACGCAGCAGCAGUCCUGGACGAACUCAGAGAGAGGGACACCUACAUAAGAGAUGCAGUACCAGUGGGCUGAAGACGACUUUCUCCCAGUGGGGGUGUUUCGACUGGAGACUGAAAGUCCUGUUAGGAACAGAAGAUACGUCAUGUACCACGGCACCACCAGAAAGAAUGCUCAGAGCAUCAUGGCCUCAGGCUUUCGACAGUCUGCAGACGGGAUGCUCGGUCGAGGCGUCUACCUCAGCAAAGACCUGAAGAAAGCGAGCCGUUAUCCCCUGCACCACCCUGAGUGGGACAGGGUCGUCCUGAAGGUUGUGGUCAAUGUGGGAGAAGUGAUCGCCAUCAACUAUCAGCACCACCCGCAUCAGAAGACCUGGCAUGACUACGGGUAUGACACCGCCUGGGUGCCGCCCAACUGUGGGAUGGUGAGGAGUGGCUUGGAGGAGAAUUGUGUCUGGGAUCCAAACCGAAUCCAGAUCAUCAAAGCCAUUGAACCACUGCCAGUGCCACAUGGCUAUGGAUAUGGUGCAUAUGGCUACAAUGAAGAGACACCAACAAAAGAGAUGCAGUACCAGUGGGCUGAAGACGACUUUCUCCCAGUGGGGGUGUUUCGACUGGUGACUGACCACCCCCAGAAUGGCAAAACCUACGUCAUGUACCACGGCACCACCAGAGAGAAUGCUGAGAGCAUCAUGGCCUCAGGCUUUGAACAGUCUGAAGACGGGAUGCUCGGUCAAGGCGUCUACCUCAGCAGAGACCUGCAGAAAGCGAGCCGUUAUCCCCUGAACCACCCUGAGUGGGACAGGGUCGUCCUGAAGGUUGUGGUCAAUGUGGGAGAAGUGAUCGCCAUCAACUAUCAGCACCACCCACUUCAGAAGACCUGGCAUGACUACGGGUAUGACACCGCCUGGGUGCCGCCCAACUGUGGGAUGGUGAGGAGUGGCCUGGAGGAGAAUUGUGUCUGGGAUCCUGAACAAAUCCAGAUCAUCAAAGCCAUUGAACCACUGCCAGUGCCAUAUGGAUAUGGAUAUGGCAUGGGGGAACUUGUUGAGCAGCCCCUACUAGACAUCGGCUCAUCGGGACAGUCCCUGGUAUGCCAGAUGGCCAGUCCACCCCUGGGGUCACCAACAAAAGAGAUGCAGUACCAGUGGGCUGAAGACGAUGGUCUGCCAGAAGGGGUGAUUCGACUGGUGACUGAAAGUCCUGAGAAUGGCAAAACCUAUGUCAUGUACCACGGCACCACCAGAAAGAAUGCUCAGAGCAUCAAGGUCUCAGGUUUUCGACGGUCUGCAGACGGGAUGCUCGGUCGAGGCGUCUACCUCAGCAGAAACCUGGAGAAAGCGAGCCGUUAUCCUCUGGAAGAACCAGAGCAUAACAGGGUCGUCCUGAAGGUUAGGGUCAAUGUGGGAAAAGUGAUUGCCAUCAAAUAUCAGCCGCACCCGUAUCAGAAGACCUGGCAUGAUGCAGGAUAUGACACCGCCUGGGUGCCGCCCAACUGUGGGAUGGUGAGGAGCGGCUUGGAGGAGAAUUGUGUCUGGGAUCCUGAACGAAUCCGGAUCAUCGGCAUCCUUGAACCACAGCCAGUUCAAGUGCCACAUGGCUUUCAAUUUUGUGCAUAUGGCUACAAGUAAACUUCAUGCACGGUUACAGAUUUAUUUUGUGUGUUCAAAUGUAUUUUUAUAUAUUUGGAUAAAAAAAUAAAUGACAUAUUUUUGUAACUGUGUCCCUGUA